AUGCCCAAGUCAUCCUCUUCCAAGUCCCAGGCCAAGGCACAGCUCGGGAUAUCCCGGAUUCUGAUAUUCCAGAGACCAUCGGGAGUGCAGUACAUUGACGAAGUCCAAGAACUGACCAUGGCAAUUCCUGAUGAAUGGGACCAGUCGAUUGCAGAAGAUAUUGCCGCCUCCAGUUCCAAGGAUGAAAUGUUUGCGGACGCCUUCAACAAUCAGAAUCAACUUAUUGGAACCCUUGCACGAGCAAAGCUUGAUAAGGCGACCAUAAACACUUCACCAGAGGAGAUAUUCAAGUCGACCUCUCAAGUGACCCAAAAGCGGUUCACGAUGCGGCGCAUUUACGCCCCCAAGCUCAAGAGUAUUGAAAGAUUCCGGGAGGCUCGGGAAGAAUUUGAGCUCCCCAAAUGGGCUUUUGAUAAAGCUAGCAAUAUCCUUCGGGGAUCUGCCGAGCCUAGAUAG